AUGACCUUCAACAAAUAUUUAGUCCUAUUGAAAUACAUUGCCGUAGUGCUAUCCUUAAUUGCAGCCGUUGAAUAUUUCAAAUAUGGUACAAGAAUUAAUUACGAGUGGUUCCAUUGCACACCAAUCUAUCAAGAUAUAUCCCCAGUCACCAAAAACGCUAAAAAAUUGUUCAGUGUUGGCGGUCCUAGUUGUGAUAAGAGGGGUGAAUUUAAAACCAUUGUUAAAAGAAUUACAAGGGAUUACGAAGUUAAUGACGAUAGAAUCACUUUCUGUAUCAUAGAGAAUUUGCGUGUAUCGCCAGUUCAUUACCCCGUAGAAGACGACGAUAAGGGAGAACCUGGAUAUUAUGCUUACAUUGCUAAUGAUUCAGAUUUCAAUGCUCUAGAACUAAUUACUGAAAAGUGUUUGCAAGAAGAGUCUAUAUUAUAUCACAUGUGA